AUGGACGUUCCUGCGUUCAUGUCUGGCAGAAAUAUUCAACACAGUUGUUAUUGCUUUUCUUGCAUUGCAACUCCACCCAACAUCUACAAGAAACUAAUGCACAAAGAUGUAUUGUCAAUUCCAUUUAAACCGCAAUUGGCAACACCGGACUUAUCUCCACGUACAGAGGAGGUAAAUCUUUGUGGCAUCGAUUCACAAGCUGACGUAUGUUAUGCAGAUGCUGUUGCUCAACUACUGGAUAAGGUUUCAAACAUGCAGGCCGCUUUGGAAACACUACAGAGAAGGAUCAAACAACUUGAGAGAGGUAACACUAUCAAUCUGCCUGAUAUCCAUAGAGCCAAUUGGCUGCUGUAUCCCGCAUUGGAGCCAAUAGCAUUGCAAGUCGGAACCGGAACACAAUCCGAAAAUCCUCCAACACUGGAAGUCUUUCAAGUGAAACCUCCUAUCUCUAGCCCUCCUCAAUGGCCUGUUAAACAACCGGGGAAGAUACUUGAACGGAUAAAGUACUUUGAACUACUCCAUCAAACACAAGAAGUAUUGAAAAACCAGCGUCAACUUAGUAAUCUCAAAAUCAAGUCGUUCAUGAAACACGAUGAAAAAGUAAAAGCUCAUAAAAAGUCAGUCCCAAAAUGUGAUGCCAAAGGGAGCGAAUCUCAGUCCAAUCUUGAACCAAAGAAUACACAUACAGCCGAGGAGAGAUUCGAGAAAUUGGAAAUUGCAGUUGAGAUGCUACAACAGAGGUUGAAUAAACUGGAUUUGAUACAGAAGGAGCUAGAGGUAGAGCCAGAACUUCAAUCGACGAUCAGGGUUAGAGUCAAGAGAGCACCACUAGAGCAUGAGCGUGAGAAAUGCUAUGAUGAUCUUGAUCAUGUAAUUGCGCCUUUACAAGUCAAGGCUUACUAUAAAAAGCAUUCUAAAGAAUCAAUUGGCUCAAUCACAGGAAAUUCGCCCACUAGAAACAACACAAGUUUUUCCAAUACCCCAGAUGCCCAGCCGCCGCCACAAAUCCAGCCAUAUCUACAGAAAACGGGAUUCACGCGACAAAGAAAGGUCGGCUACAAGUGUAAUACACGUGCCAAACGAAAACGAAAAGGAUCAGUUAGAAAAUCUCGAAUAAAUUCAACCGGGUCUACUCAAGUGCUUGAUGCUAGGGACCAAUCUUUCAAUUACACGCUUUCGGUUUCACUCGUGACAGCAAUGAUAAUAAUGGCAUUAUUGAUACUGUACUAG